GACUAUAGUCUUUUCUAUAUCUUUCAGAUUUGUUAUCUCUCGUUCUAAACGUAAGAUUGAAGAGAGGACGAUGGAGAAAUUAUCUAAUGGCGUAAAAGAUCACUUUUUGAUCAGUGACAAUUCUAUAUCACCUUCAGCUCCUGCUCCUCUUAAACAGCCUUUCGUCAUCGGUGUUGCCGGAGGAACCGCCUCCGGGAAGACGACUGUAUGCAAUAUGAUCAUGUCUCAGUUACACGAUCAACGUGUUGUGCUUGUGAACCAAGAUUCGUUUUAUCAUUCCCUUAGUGAGGAGAAACUAAAGAAGGUUCAUGAAUACAACUUCGAUCAUCCUGCUGCGUUCAACACCGAGGUUUUGCUUUCGUGUAUGGAGAAAUUAAGAUCAGGACAACCAGUGAACAUUCCUAGUUACGAUUUCAAAAUCCACCAGAGCAUUGAAUCAUCUAGUCCGGUUAAUCCUGGUGAUGUAAUCAUCUUAGAGGGAAUCUUGGUUCUUAAUGAUCCUCGAGUUCGUGAUCUCAUGAACAUGAAGAUCUUUGUCGACACAGAUGCUGAUGUAAGGCUAUCAAGAAGAAUACAGCGUGAUACUGUCCAGAGAGGAAGAAACAUCCAAAACGUGCUUGAACAGUAUACCAAGUUUGUGAAGCCGAGCUUUGACGAAUUCAUCCAGCCAUCGAUGAAGUAUGCUGAUAUAAUCAUUCCUAGAGGAGGAGACAAUGAUGUUGCAAUUGACCUCAUUGUACAACAUAUUCGUACAAAGCUGUGCCAACACAAUCUCUGUAAGAUAUACUCAAACAUCUUCCUCAUAUCUUCUACGUUCCAGAUCAAAGGAAUGCAUACUCUUAUCCGCGACGUCAACACAGCCAAGCAUGAUUUCGUCUUCUACGCUGACCGAUUGAUUCGAUUGGUUGUGGAACAUGGACUUGGUCAUCUUCCUUUCACAGAGAAACAGAUCACCACUCCAACAGGAUCAGUGUACACUGGAGUUGACUUCUGCAAGAGAUUGUGUGGCGUCUCAGUGAUCAGAAGUGGUGAAAGUAUGGAGAAUGCACUAAGAGCUUGCUGCAACGGUAUUAAGAUUGGCAAAAUCCUCAUUCACAGAGAGAAUAACGAUGGUCGUCAGUUAAUAUAUGAGAAGUUGCCUAAAGAUAUCGCAAGCAGACAUGUCUUCCUCCUUGACCCUGUUCUAGCUUCAGGAUACUCUGCAGUGAAAGCUAUAACUUUGCUUCUGAGCAAGGGAGUUCCAGAAUCACAUAUCAUCUUUCUCAAUCUUAUAGCAGCACCUCAAGGUAUCCACGCGCUCUGCAAGAAAUUCCCAAUGCUAAAGAUUGUGACUUCAGAAAUCGAUGCAUCCCUUAAUGAGGACUCGCGUGUGAUACCAGGCAUGGGAGAAUUUGCAGACCGUUACUUUGGUACAAACAACAUUAGUUCAAAAGUAACAACAAGCUUCACUGCAAAUCUCAAGUCAAGAAGCUAAAAAGAUAUACUCUUCUAUAGUCAUUAAGCUACUUGGGAACCAACAAAGCCAUAGCAUUAUUAUCAUAUAAAACUUGAAUAACCUUCUGAUUCAUCCUGAGAUUCUCUUUCUCCCAUCUUCAUUCUCAUAUUUUGCUAAUAUUUAUCCUAUUUCUCUAAAUUACUCUAUCCAGUAUACAUAACAUUACAUUGAAACCCAUUCAUUCUUUUCUUAGUAGACUAAUCUCCAUUCUUAUAGUUGUCUAUUGUGUACAACUCCAAUACUAUUACUGAUUUAUUUUGGCCUGAUAUGACUUGAAUGCGUA